AUGGAGGCCGCACCUACCACCAUCACCGUCCAGGUCAAGUUCGCCGGGCGGACCAUCCCCGUGGAGGUCCCGGCCGCGGCCUCCGGCGCGGAGCUGAAGCGCCUCCUCCAGCCGCUCACCAAUGAUGGUCCUAUCACAAAUAAUAGCAGUAGCUCAGCAACAACUGUAAGAAGGCCUUCAAAUGUUAAGGAGGAUCAAACACAAAAACCAGAGGCAAUUGUCACCAAAAGCCGAUCUGAGCGCUGGAGGUUAACAGGUGUUGUUGCGCUGAAUGAUUGUGACUUGAAGGUAGUGCCUGAAGAAGUCUGGGAUUGUGGCCCCUCGAUACGAAUAUUAGACAUCAGCAACAACAGUAUCAAGGAAAUUCCACACAAAAUCUCUGCUCUUAAAUCUCUGAAUAAAUUGCUCCUAACUGCCAAUGAUAUAGCUGAUGAUAGCAUCUGCUGGGAAGGUCUAUCAUGUCUUCAAAAGUUAUUGAAUUUAUCUUUAAGCGAAAACCAACUGGUUAGCUUGCCAUCAACUUUGGGAUCGCUGACUUCUCUACGUGAACUACGUGUUGCAAAUAACAGGCUUGAUAACUUGCCUAUAGAAAUAGGACUGCUGAAGCACCUCCAGAUACUCAUAGCGAGUAACAAUAGGAUAACUUCAUUGCCUUCGUCAAUAGGAGAUUGUGAAUCUCUCACUGAGGUUGAUCUGUCAUCAAAUCUCUUAACUGAACUGCCAGAGGCCUUUGGGAACCUUUGUAAUCUUAAGGUUUUGCAUAUAAGGAACAAUGGCCUGACGUCCUUGCCAGCAACAUUAUUCAAAAAGUGCUCGCAGCUUAUUACACUCGAUCUCCAUGGCACAGAAAUCACAAAUGAUGUUCUUCGACAGGUGGAGGGGUGGGAGGAGUUUGACGAGCGGCGGAGGCAGAAACAUCAGAAGCAGCUUGACUUCCGUGUCGGCUCAUCUGGUGUGUUUGACGAAGGCGCGGAUGAUGAUAACAGGCGAAGGUGA